AUGAGGGGAUUUUCCUGGCAUGGCCAUGCCAAUCCUGGUGGAGGUCCAAAAGGGAGUUCUAGCUACUGGACUACAGCAUCUAGAUUUAGAUUUCUUAUAGUAGCAACCUCACCAUCCUUCCUAAACUGCUUUAUCCUUCUGGCUCUUUUGUACUGUGGCUUCUCGUCGAAGCACAGCCUCCUGUAUCUGCUUUAUCCUUCUGGAGCUAGACCGGGAACAUCUACUCCUAGUACUGCCGUGAGCUAA